AUGGCCAAGUCAUCCGCCAAGGAAAACGAAAACUGCCAGGCACGUCUUCUGUAUCAGUACCCCAAACCAACCACAAAGGAUCUUUUCACCGACACGUUUGGCUUCAUAACCAAGACCAAGGAGGCUGAGUCAUCGAUGCACAGCGUGUUCAAACUGAAGCAUCGGUGGGAACGGAUGCUGAACGAUGGCAGGACGGAGUGCAUGGAUGGAAUGGUGUUCAAGGGUGUGCCUGUGUUCCUGAAGAACAGGGUAUGGACCUACGUACUGCGCGGCAAGAACAAGCACAAGGAGGUGGGAUGGGAGGAGUAUGAGAAAUUGAGGGACAUGCAUUCCGGAUUUGAGUACCAGAUACACGUGGACAUUCAGCGCACGUUCCGGAACCACAUCCUGUUUUACGAUGCGUUUGGUGAGGGGCAGUGCAAGCUGUUCAGGGUGCUCGUUGCGUAUGCAAACUACAACCCGCACAUAGGAUACUGCCAGGGCAUGGCAUCCUUCACCGGUCUUAUUCUGAUGUAUUUUGAUGAGCUGGAAGUCUUUAACGUGCUCAUUAACAUUCUUUCCACGCUUAACGCGCUGUUCGAUACGCAGCUCAGCCUGCUGCCCACCCUGAUGAGCGUUCAGAAGGAGGUGUUCAUCCUUGUGAUACCCGAGGUGUACUACCUGCUUAAAAACGAGAACGUAGAUCUGUGUCUGUUCGUGUACUCGUGGUACCUCACGCUGUUCUCCCGAUUUGAUAUCAAAUUAUCGCUCAGAAUAUGGGACAUCUUCAUAUUCUAUGGGCCCGCAUCCCUUCUAGCGGUAUCGUGCGCAAUACUCUCAUUCUAUGUGAGAAGACUUGGCGAGAUGCAGGGCGAAUGCCUCGUUGCGUUUCUCAGCUCGCUGGACAGCAUAGCACUUGCUGACAGCGAUGUAGACUGCAUCAUAGAGAAGGUGAAGGGCGUGAUGGAGGAGAUUGACCUGGAUGAUAUUAACAAUGUGUUGGAGUUGUACUAG